GUAUUCGGAAAUAGAAAGAAGAGGUAAUAAAUUGACAUCUUAGAAGGCCAGAGAAAGAGGGAGAAACAAAGCAAGAGGCCUGCCUGAGAGUAGAUAGAUAGUAGAAAGUGAAAAGAAGUAGAGAGAAGGAAACACCAAAAUGUCAGAUCUUGCAGAUAACGAGCCACAGCCAGUGCCGUCAGAGUCUAUGUCCAGAAUGCCACAGAGUGAGUUUACCAGCAGUGGAAGCAGUCAGGAAGUGUUGAUGGAAGUUGAGAAUAACCUGACUUCUGCAAAUGAAGUCAUGAUCCAAAAUGCAAAGGCUUACUUACUACAAAAAAGCACCGUAACCAACCUCAACCUCUACGAUCACCUGUCACAGGUGAUGACCAAGCUGUUGGAUGAACGGCCCAACAAUGCUGUGGACAUCAUUGAAGACAUCAGCAGAAAGGUGAAGCGGACACAAUUCCAGAAGAAGAUGGACACACUGCGCGAUGAGUACGAGAUCUCAAUGGCGUUCACUUUGGCUGAGAUUCAGAAAUCUCUCUUUGCAAAGGGAAUCGAGACAGAAGAAGGGGCAGCGGCAGAUCAUGAGGAGGAAGUGUUGGAUACACCUCUCCCAAAUGUAAUGGAGUUGGCCUAUUACUUUGAGCACACGGGAAUUGGCCUCAGCAGCGACGAGAUGUACCGCAUCUUCCUGGCGCUGAAGCAACUGGUGGAGAUGUACCCGCUGCAGAAGUGCCGGUUCUGGGGCAAGGUCUUAGGAAUCAACGGGAAUUACGUCAUAGCCGAGGUGGAUUUUCGCGAAGGAGAGGAGGACACGGAGGAGUCGGUAGAAGAGGAGGACAUGGAGGCACGGGAAGAGGAUAAAGAUGACUUCGGGAGAACCGAGGAGGAAGAGCCUGAAGAGGUGGAAGAUAAGCCUCCAGCCUCCACGUACAAACCCCCGCCAGUCAUCCCAAAAGAGGAAAAGCACUCCGGGACGAACAGGUAUACCUACUUUGUUUGCAGCGAGCCAGCCAAGCCGUGGGUGAAGCUGCCCCCGGUUACACCAGCACAGAUCACGGUAGCCAGGAAGAUCAAGAAAUUCUUCACCGGCGACUUGGAAGCUCCCGUCAUCAGCUACCCGCCGUUCCCUGGGAAUGAGAUGAAUUACCUGAGGGCACAGAUCGCCAGGAUCUCCGCUGGCACGCAGAUCAGCCCGCUGGGAUUCUAUCAGUUUGGGGAAGAGGAGGAGGAGGAGGAGGAAGGCUCAGUGAGGGAAAAUUAUGAGGAGAACCCAGAAUUUGAAGGAAUUUCCACGGCAGAGCUGUUGGACAGCAUGGCCAACUGGGUCCAUCACACGCAACACAUCCUCCCACAGGGCCGCUGUGUUUGGUUCAAUCCUAUUCAGAAAAAGGAGGAGGAUUUUGAGGAGGAGGAGGAGGAAGAGGAGCAAGAGGCACCAGAUGAGCCUGAACCAGAGGUUGGGCCACCUCUUCUCACUCCCCUGUCUGAAGAUGCAGAGGUCAACCAAGUGUCUCCCUGGGCAGUCAAGGCUUCAUCCAACCUGAUCCCCCAGUAUGCCAUCGCUUUGGUCAGGUCCAACCUCUGGCCAGGGGCAUUCACCUUUGCAAUUGGAAAGUGA